GUAAUUUUAAGUGACUUGGCCUAACUGUGUUUUCUUUUAUACAAUGGCCAAGUCACUGUAUAUUUACUAUUAUCAUGUGUAGGCGUGCUUAUCAUUGAUCGAUUCAGUAUUUAGGUCAUGACAUAUCACUGCGAUUUGCUUUGACAACGACGGUAUUGCACAAUGCUCUGAGGAGGUCUUAUUCCUUUGUAAAUACUGUUAUUUGUAUAUACUGUAAAUGAUGACGUCCAUGGGCGGGAACCGAGCCCGGGGCAGCUGGGAGCAGACACAGGGCCAGACACAGAACCAGACACAGCACAAGCAAAGGCCUCAGGCUACUGCAGAGCAAAUCAGACUUGCGCAGAUGAUUUCAGACCACAAUGAUGCAGACUUUGAAGAGAAGGUCAAACAGCUGAUCGACAUUACAGGCAAAGACCAAGACGAGUCCAUGAUCGCACUGCAUGAUUGCAAUGGGGAUGUCAACAGAGCCAUUAAUGUGUUGCUGGAGGGUAGCCCAGACACUGACUCUUGGGAAAUGGUGGGGAAGAAGAAAGGAGUGUCCGGCCAGAAGGAGACAAGCCAAGCGGAAACCGGAGAAGAGGGAAAAGAGAACAGGGAGAAAGGAGGAGAGAAAGAUGUUGCACGUCGCCGAGGUGGAGCUCCACGCAAGGGCCGUGGAGCCAGCAGGGGUAGAGAGUUUCGAGGUCAGGAAAAUGGUUUGGAUGGCAGCAAGGCAGGAGUAGCAGGAAAAGGUGCAGAGCGAGGCCGGAGGGGAAGAGGUAGAGGAAGAGGGACUGUGGGAGUGGCAGGACGGCGAGGAGGCAGAUUUUCAGCGCAGGGCAUGGGCCAGAUUGAUAAGGGGCCCAGAUAUGAUAUUGCAGGAGGUGAGAGAACAUUCAACCCUGCUGAUUAUGCAGAGCCAGCCCAGACAGAAGAAAACUAUGGAGGGGGCAGCACCUGGAACAACACGGGAAGCAUGGAGCCGGAGGAGUCGGCUAGGUUGGACUUCCCUGCAGGAGAAGGAACAAAUUACCCACCCAAGUUUGACUCUGCUCCUGGUGCCUGGAGGACUGCUACAGAGGAGUGGGGUACCGAAGACUGGAAUGAAGAUCUUUCAGAGACUAAGAUAUUCACAGCUUCCAGUGUGGCAUCCUUGCCUCUGCCUCAAGAGAAUGUUACCAUCACCAAAGGACAGAGGAUUGACCUUGCCGUGCUCCUGGGAAAAACUCCCCCAUCCUCCUCAGAGGCAGAAAAUCCCCCAAUGGAGGCCACCCAGCCUCCCUCUUUGUCUCAGUCACUGGUUUUUAGCAAUUCCAAACAAGGGCCGUCACUCUCCCAAACAUCCUCCAGUACCCCCUACACCCAGCACAACAUGGUCAGCAUGCUGAGCAAGGGAUUUGGGGAUGUGGGAGACCCGAAAGGAGGAAGCACAGGGACCACUGGCUCUCAGUUUCUGGAGCAGUACAAAACAGCCCAGGCACUGGCCCAGCUGGCAGCCCAGCAUUCCCAGACAGGACCUCCGAACACGACCCCUUCAUCCUGGGACACCAGUGCCACCUCACUGGGACAAUAUGAAAUGAAGACUCAGCCUGAGUCUGUGGUCCACUCGCCCUUUAUGAAGCGGCAGCCUUAUCAAGCCACCACCUCAACCUCAUCCAUGUUGGAUGUGUUCCUGCAGGACAAAGGCUUGCCCUCUUCCUCGUCUUCUUCAUUACCCCAACAAACAUCAUCCUCACCUCAUGUGGUGCCUCCGCCUGCUUCAUCCCUUCCAAAAAUGACAGCAGGCACUCUAGGUCAACAAGUUUCUCCAAGUUCAUCAGAUGCACAGGGUUCAAGUCCAUUGCCUUUGCAGCAACACAAACUUAAACAACAGAAGAAGAGGACUUCUAUAACAACAAAGAUUCCAGCUAUGGCAGUGGAGAUGCCUGGCUCGACAGACAUUUCAGGCCUCAACCUUCAGUUUGGAGCACUACAGUUUGGGUCAGAACCAGUUUUACCUGAAUAUGAGUCCACCCCUGCCACCACAACGCCAGGCAACCAGGUUCAGAACAGUCUCUACACAAGCCCCAGCAGUGAGUCGACUCCGGGUCUCUCCAACUCCAGCCAAAUGGAUCUGUACGACCAGAGAGCACCUCAGACACGGCGCUACCCUCCGUCAGUCUCCUCCUCUCCUCAGAAGGAUAUGCAGGCCAAGAAUGGCUUCAGUUCAAUACAAGUUGCGCAAUCUGUGGAAGCUGCAGCAGGCUCUGCAGUAUCGGUCAAGCCCGCCUCUGAUUCAGUCACGCCGGCAUCUCUUUCCUCCAUGGGCACUUUGACAGACAGUGGCGCAGGCCCUGCUUCCUUGUUGAAUGCAUCCAAUCAAACAUCCCUCAGCGCUCUGGGCCACAGUGAAGAUUUGCCUCCAAGCACCAUUCCUCCUCCUCAGCACAGCAACUCUCACCCAUCACAACAGAACAGCCUUGGUCCAUCUUCAGUCCGGACAGCCAACUCAAGCUUACUGCAUCCCAGUGUAGACGGAGACUCAAGUCUCCACUCCUACCCUUCCUCCGUCUCAGCUGUGCCAUCUUCAUCAGUACCCUCCUCUUCCUCGGUGGCUACUGCUGCACAAGUGUCCCUAGGUGUGCCUCAGGCCUCCUCGGUGGGCUCUGCCACAGUUUCAGCCCCGUCUGGCCUCGGCGCUGUCAGCGGUCUGGCCAUGGGCCUCAAUGCUGUCUCCAUGGGUGCUCCACCUGCAGCAGCCACCUCAGUUUCGGUCUCCACUACGGCUUCAACCAUUCCUUCGUCAGCCAACUCCUCAUCUUCACGCAGCUCUGCAGCAUCCUCAGGGAAAGCACCUCCAAACCUGCCACCUGGAGUGCCCCCUCUACUGCCCAACCCGUACAUCAUGGCCCCAGGAUUACUGCACGCCUACCCUCCUCAGGUGUAUGGUUAUGAUGACUUGCAGAUGCUUCAGACAAGGAUACCGCUGGAUUAUUACAGCAUCCCCUUUGCAACUCCCACAACAGCAUUGACUGGCAGAGAGGGGAAUCUGGCGAGCAACCCUUAUUCUGGUGAUUUAUCAAAGUUUGGUCGAGGUGAUGCAUCAUCGCCAGCUCCAGCCACCACAUUAGCUCAGACUCAACAGAACCAGACUCAGACACAUCACACCACACAGCAGACUUUCCUCAACCCGGCGUUGCCACCUGGCUACAGCUACACAAGCCUACCAUACUACACUGGCAUGCCAGGUCUACCCAAUACCUUCCAGUAUGGACCUGCUGUGUUCCCGGUGGCUCCUACCUCGUCAAAACAGCAUGGUGUGAAUGUUGGCGUCAAUGCGUCAGCCACUCCAUUCCAGCAGGCUAGUGGCUAUGGUUCCCAUGGAUACAGCACUGGCUAUGAGGAUGUGGGCCAGGCUUCAGGGAGUGGGGAUUUCUGUAAGGGCGGAUACGGCACUGCCGUGGCUGCUGCCGCUUCUGCACAAAACAAGCCAGCCAACUCUGUCACCGGGCCUGGAGUCGGAGUCUCUGUGACAUCAAGUAAUACGGGGGUACCAGAUAUUUCAGGGUCUGUUUACACAAAGACACAGCAGUCAUUUGAGAAGCAGGGUUUCCACGCUGGCACGCCGGCUGCUUCAUUCAGUCUGCCCUCGGCUUUAGGAGGUGGAGGACCCAUCAACCCCCCGGCUGCCGCAGGCUACGCGCCAGCCCCCUUCAUGCACAUCCUGGCACCACACCAACAACCCCAUUCUCAAAUUCUGCACCACCAUCUGCAGCAGGACGGGCAGAGCGGCACUGGACAGCGCAACCAGAACGCUUCCAUUCAGCAGAAGUCUCAAAUCAACAAGUCGGCAUACAACAGCUACAACUGGGGUGCAAACUAACAUCUGCUCUCGCCCCCCCACAACGCUGUUAACAGAAGCUCCAGAAGCUUGGAGGGGGCUCGUCACUCCUCCUGCAGUCUCCAUGUGUAAACUCCCCUCCCCCCCAGAGUUUUCCCUCCCCUGUCUCUUGGCCCAGCACUUCUGCAGCUCUGACUGCGGUCAGACAUGAGGUGCUGUGCCGAGAACGAGCAUUGUAAAGAUGCAUGGAUAGUGGGAGGGACCAGGAGGGGCUUAGAACAGAGGAGUAAUCGGAGAUAAAUGGUUAUAGAAAAUCACCGUCAAGGGGUGAAAUGAGUGUUGGGAAUUUGUUUCAUGUUAAUCCCACUGCCCCAGCUCCCUUUUCUUUCACUUAUAUGUAACAUAUAGAACUGUUUUCUAAAAGAAUGAACGUUUCCUGUGCUCUCGCUGAAGGGAAGGAAUGAAGUAAAAUCUGAAGGUGGGGGGACAGACUGGUUUUGUAUUUCUCACUCUCGACUCCCCCACUCCUUAAUUUUUGGUGGAAAUCGCUUUCCAACCCACACAAAAUAUCCAAACACAGUAGUUUGGUUAAUUGCUUUUCAAUGUCUUUUUUGUUUUUCUUCUUUCUCAGUUUUAUGUCUUUUUAAGUUUGAAGAAACAAUUCUCUCAAUUGGUAGAGUUGUGAAGUUUAUUUUUUACCAAAUAUAGAUAUAUUAUAUAUAAAGACAUAUAAGCGAGCUCACUGGAUUGGACUGUGAGGAAAAAGUGUGUUUGUCAUGUGACUGCGUGCAUGUUUGUACACACAGGGGGCCAUGGUUGUGUACUGUGCUUUGUUUUUUUGACUAGCACAGGAUUUUUCAUUAUCCAACACUUGUACAUUGACUGUGCCCAUGAAUUAUUAAUUAUGAAUAUGUUGCAUUAAGGUCUCACUAUUCUGCAAGAGAUAUUUUGAUUGUCAAGUCGAAUA